CUGUCGGGACUAACGUCCCGUCAAAAACUUUUCCUCCGGGCAGGAACCUCAGCUGUGACUUCUAGGGUCAGAAGCGCCACAUCAUCCAGGAUGAGCGUGGGGUUCAUCGGAGCGGGCCAGCUGGCUCAUGCCCUGGUCAAGGGCUUCACGGCUGCAGGGGUGAUCGCUGCUAACCGGAUCACAGCCAGCUCCCCGGACACAGACCUGCCCACGGUGACCGGGCUGAGGAAAAUGGGGGUGAGCAUGACCACCAGCAACAAGGAGACCGUCAAUAAGAGCGACGUGCUGUUUCUGGCCGUGAAGCCCCACAUCAUCCCCUUCGUCCUGGACGAGAUCGGGCCGGACAUCGAGGACCGCCACCUCAUCGUGUCCUGCGCCGCCGGCGUCACCAUCAGCUCCAUCGAGAAGAAGCUGCUCCAGCACCGCGCGGCCCCCAAAGUGAUGCGGUGCAUGACCAACACGCCGGUGGUGGUGAGGGAGGGCGCCACGGUGUACGCCACCGGGACGCACGCCGAGGUGGAGGAUGGAAAGCUUCUGGAGCAGCUGAUGGCCAGCGUGGGCUUCUGCACGGAGGUGGAGGAGGACCUGAUCGACGCCGUCACCGGCCUGAGCGGCAGCGGCCCCGCUUACGCGUUCACGGCUCUGGACGCUCUGGCUGAUGGAGGCGUGAAGAUGGGUCUCCCCCGGAGACUCGCCGUGCGCCUGGGGGCCCAGGCCCUGCUGGGAGCAGCGAAGAUGCUCCUGGACUCUGAGCAGCACCCCGGGCAGCUGAAGGACAACGUCUGCUCACCAGGGGGCGCCACCAUCCACGCCCUGCACUUCCUGGAGAGCGGCGGCUUCCGCAGCCUGCUCAUCAACGCCGUGGAGGCGUCCUGCAUCCGGACCCGAGACCUGUGGGAUGAUUUAGAGGAGGAAGCUCCAGAAGCCGCCACAGGAACAAAACCACCACAAAACUUCAUCUGCUAA